AUGGAUGUUGUGGACUAUGUUAAGUCACUAGGGAAACCCGGCCAACUGCUGUUGUCUGAGGUGGUCAAACUUAUACGCUUGAUCCUUGUUGCUCCUGCAACAAAUGCAACUAGUGAAAGAACGUUCUCAGCUCUCUGCAUUGUUAAAACAUACCUUCGGUGCACUAUGACACAGGGAAUCAGAACACAGAAGAAACAUUUUUGGCUCAAUGUAGAUUUACGUACAGAAAUAGCCUUAACAAUCAAACUCAAUCUUCGUUUCUCUAUUUGCGCGUCAUCGGAGAAACGUUGGACCGCGAGGCUACGCGUCCGAGUUUGGAGUAUGGACGUCGUUCCGAAGGAUUUGAGGCAUUUGAGAGCGUGUCUAGUCUGCUCACUGGUCAAGACUGUCGAGCAGUUUGAACUCGAUGGCUGUGAGAACUGUGAGUCCUUUCUGGGCUUCAAAAACAACAGAGAUGUGAUUGAUGACUGCACGAGUUCCAAUUUUGAUGGUUUGAUAUCAAUGAUGUCACCGGAAGACAGUUGGGUUGCCAAAUGGCAGAGAAUUAGAAGUCUGAAACGUGGCUGCUAUGCCAUCUCAGUGUCCGGAUCUUUACCUGAACACAUUGUACGAGACCUAAAAGCUCAAGGCAUUCCGUAUCACAACCGAGACAGAACCAUGAAGACCUAAAUAGGACGAAACGAGGCAAC